AUGCCUGCUAGCUUGACCAGCUUCGAGCUCGAGAACGAGGAGAAGCCUAAGAACCCGAAGAUCCAGCGGUCUUGGCGAGGAUCCCUGGUGGUGGUUGUGGUGAGUGUGGCGCUCUGGGCCUUGCUGAUGCUGGCGUGGCGCCCUGAGAUCUUCGAGUCUGGCGCCAGCCAGGAGGUUCCUCGCUGGGUGCCGCGGAAAGCGCGGGCCAUCCAGCUGCCCAGCUGGAAUCACAGCGAUGGCAUGGACCGAGACCUGUCCCGGGUGCACUUGGACGUGUCCUUCGCCUCGGAGGACGUCUCAGGGAACGCCUCGGAGUCCAACGCCACGGAGGCGAACACGACGGAAGGCCGAAGGGCGCGCAAGGGCCGACGGGAGUCCCAGCGCAUCGGCCAUUGA